GCACCGGCGAGAUGUGGAAGGUUGAAGGUUCGGAAAAGAUGAUAAAUGAUAAACCGCCGUUCACAGAAAAUGGACUUACUAAUAUAUAAUAUGCAACUUUCCUGCCUACAUGAUUAACAGCUGAAUAUUUUUUAAUUUUACCCAUAAAAGAGGAACCUCUACAAUCCUGGUAGUCCUGAUUCAAGCUGCAGUUCUCUAAGGCUCCCAAGCAUGAUGGGUAUUUCGUGGUUCACAGUCACUGCCAUAUUUGCGUUUUCCUCCAUUUAUUGUAUUGUUUCUCAUCCCAAACCGGAGUUGUGGUUCCAAAACCUCUACCCCCUUAAGAUGUGUCCUGCCAAUGCCAGCGUGGGAACAUUUUAUGGCAUCAUGUUUGAUGCAGGAAGCACAGGGACACGAAUUCAUAUUUACACCUUUAUACAGAGAAGCCCAGAAAACCCUGCAGAGUUAAAAGGGGAAGUUUUUGAAUCAGUGAAGCCAGGUCUCUCAGCAUACGCUGAUCAGCCUAAGAAGGGAGCUGAAACUAUCAGAAAAUUAUUAGAGAUGGCUAAAAGUGCUGUACCACCAAGUCACUGGAGCAAGACCCCCGUAGUAUUGAAAGCCACUGCUGGUCUACGGUUGUUAGCAGAGCACAAAGCUCAGGCUCUACUCUCGCAAGUCAGAGUGGUCUUUGAGGAUUCACCAUUUUUAGUUCCUGAUAAUAGUGUUAGCAUAAUGGAUGGCUCUUAUGAAGGUAUUUUAGCCUGGAUCACUGUGAAUUUUUUGACAGGACAGUUGUAUGGCCAGGACCAGCAGACAGUUGGAACUCUGGACCUGGGAGGAGCUUCAACUCAGAUAACGUUCCUGCCACAGCUGGAGGAAACCUUAGCACAAACACCAGUGGAUUUUCUUACCUCAUUUCAAAUGUUCAACAGCACUUAUAAGCUCUACACACACAGCUAUUUGGGACUUGGGCUGAAAGCUGCUCGAUUAGCAGCAUUAGGAGCUUUGAAUAUGGAAGCAGCUGGACAGACCUUCAGAAGUUCUUGUCUGCCAAAACAGCUAGAAGCAGAAUGGCAUUUUGGUGGAAUAAAAUAUCAGUAUGGUGGUAAAAAAGAAGGCAAAACUGGAUUUGAACCAUGUUAUUCUGAAGUGUUGAAGGUUGUACAAGGAAAAUUGCAUCAACCAGAUGAGAUUCAGAGAAGCUCCUUUUAUGCCUUUUCCUAUUAUUAUGAUCGGGCUGUGGACAUUGACCUGAUAGAUUAUGAGAAAGGUGGCGUUUUACAUGUGAAAGACUUUGAAAGAAAAGCCAAACAAGUGUGUGAUAAUCUGGAUAACUAUAGCUCUGCCAGCCCUUUUUUAUGUAUGGAUCUCAGUUACAUUACAGCUUUAUUAAAAGAAGGCUUUGGAUUUGGUGACAGCACAAUUUUACAGCUGGCAAAGAAAGUAAAUAACAUAGAGACAAGCUGGGCUUUGGGUGCUACCUUUCACCUUCUACAGUCGCUAGGACUCUCCCACUAAGAAAGCAGUGGACUGACAUUUCUUGCAAGGGCUGUUCUGAUGAGCAUAUAAUGAAAUACAGACCAAAGUGAAAGAAACAGUUACCUUUAAGAACUGCAGUACAAUGGAAAUCCUUCUACAGUGAUAAGACCUAACUACCUAACUGAUGCCAAAGAACCUUGAAGCAGAUGAGGCAUCUUUUCAGUCAAGGCAUGAAUGCCUAUUUGGUACCAGCACAUCCCAAUGUUGGGCUUGCUCCACAAGCUCUUUUGUCUAUGAAGUUUUGAAUGUUCACAUCAAAGAAGCAGCUUAGUCUGAUAUGUUUUGUCCUUUUUUUAACAGCAAAACCGAAGUGUACUAUUUACCUUUCCCAUAGGUUGUUUGAAACCCAAGUAGUUAUGCUUCUAGGAUUAGCUGGUUCUUAAACAUGGAUAAGUAUGCUAUUUUAUUCUGUUAUAUUAGCUGGUGAGGAAUAUCAGCAAAAAGAUUUUAGGAAUCCCACAAGGAAUUGUUUCAUGUCUCUUUACUUUUCUAAAGUUGAGAGAGCAAAGUCCUCUCUGUAGCUGUUCUUAUUUGUGUUAGACAAAGAGGUUUCUUUGGGUUAAAUAGUCAUAAUUUGCUCCUCAGUCUAGUCUUAUAGAAUAACUUAAUGCAAGCUGCGGAUAGCUUCUUUUAAAGAAUUCUAUGAAAGGAAAAGCUUUUUUUCUUUUUUUACUACCACAUCUCUCAAAAAUAUAUACUGGUUUUGAGGCAC